ACACAUUCGGCGUAGCCUCUCACUAGGUAGUAGUACCCUUAAAGUUAUCUGGGUUAUCUAUCGUACAUUACAUUGUCCGGCAUCCAUUUGUAAACAAACCAAAGACUCAAAAUUCAAACUGCCAAUACAAAGUGUACGUUAAUUAUUAAUCUGCUUCAUACCGCUUCGUCAAUCAGCCAUAAUAUGGAGGAAGAUAUAUCUACUGCUCGAUACUGUUUUAAGGGAGAGUGGAAAGAGGUGGAAAAUUGUAAAGUGACUGAGUUUUUAAUAACGUAUUUCCCUGGUGAUAGUAGUAUUGAACUGUUUGACCUUAAAAAGCACCGAUUGUUUUUGAAGCGGAACAAGUGUCAUCAGGUUGCAUUGAAAGAUCUUUUUGUUGGCAAUUCGGUCAACAUUUUUAGCCGUCAAAUAACUAUUACUGAUUAUGGUGACAGUAUGACAAAACAGCGACUUUCUAUAAAAAUGCAGAAGACCUUUGGCUUAUUGCAAUCAAAUCAAAUAAAAAAUCUAGGACCUAUUCUCGAAGCAAUCCAAGAAGGUGGCUUUACUAUUGGUCGGAUGCGAAUGAUCAGUCUUACCAGAGAACAAGCACUUGUAUUAUUCAAGAAUGUCAAAGAAGCUGUUCUACAGAAUGAUCUUGUGACACACACAAUAUCCGGCCCAGUUGUUGUAUUGGAAUUGCUUGGAAAUAAUGCCAUUCAAAGUUGGGCUGAUUUCAUUGGUCCCAUGGAUCCAGAGGAAGCUAAGAGGAGUUCACCAACUAGCCUGAUUGCAAAAUAUGGACAUGAUUGUUCAAGAAAUGGCUUUUUUGCUUCCAACAUUUCCGAAGAAGUGGAACAUCUCCUCUCCCUCUUUUUUCCUGAAAGAUGUAACCCACAGCACCAAGUCUCAUCAUUGGUUGCAAACAUAAAAAAUUGUACCUGCUGCAUAGUGAAACCACAUGCAUUCCAGAUGGGAUUAUUGGGGCCUAUUGUAAGUUCAAUUCAAAAGGCUGGUUUUGAAAUAACUGGUCUCCGCUUGGUUCUACUUGAUCAUUCAGCCGCUGAGGAAUUUCUGGAAAUAUAUAGCACAGUUCUGCCAGAGUUUCCAGCAAUGGUAACCCAGCUCUGCAGUGGAUCUUGUGUUGCAAUGGAGAUAUGUGGGAAGGGUGAUAACACUCCAACACAAUUUAGGGAAUUCGUGGGACCAUCUGAUCCUGAAAUUGCCAAGAAGCUACGCCCCAAUAGUUUAAGAGCUCGCUUUGGUGUGAAUAAGAUACAAAAUGCCGUCCACUGCACUGAUUUGCCAGAUGAUGCUGAGCUAGAACUCGAAUACUUUUUUAGGCUUUUGUAAAAUUUCCAAUUACUUAUGAAAAUUAAGAAAAAUGGUUUUGUCAAUUAACUAAAUUUAUUGUAUGUACAUUUUGUAGUAAAAUAGGUGACAUAUCCGA